AUGCCAUCACUAAAAAUGAAAACCAAGUCAGCCACAGGGUUUUUGAGAGAAAGAAAUGGCCUCCGCGUAUGCCGAAAGUCAAGCAUGAUAACCAAGAGUCCUCUAUCACAAGCCAGAAUUUCUCAGAAUUCAGAAAAAGUUGAGACUCUGGUUGAUGAUGGUCAGGAUGUUUCUUCGUGCGACAAAGUAUAUUCUCAAGAUAUUAGAGGGGAUGAAGCCAACCAUAAUGAGGUGAACUGUGGAGACAGUCAUUUUCCGAAGCAAGAAUCAACUACUGGUGAUUUUGCAACUAAUGGAUGCAUGGAAUCCACACCAUCCACUUGCUCCUCAAGCUUAGAGACUAUUUUCUCUCCUAUAUUGGAGGCCAUGAAUUUCCCUUGUGAUAAAGGAAGUGACAAUCUCUGUGUGCCACUCUUGGAUGUGGAAAACAGUGAUGAUAGCAGCAGCAGGUCUUCUGAGCAUCAAGAAUGCAAUGUGUCGGAUUUCUACAUCUCUGACAUGAUUUUUUCUGGAUCGCCCAUUGAAAGAAACUUGGCCUUUCAUAAUAAUGUAGAUUCUCUGUUCUUACCUGAUUACAAGUGUGAAGAGUCAAAUAUAUUUUAUGAUUUUGCUGAGGACUACAUGGUAUUGCCUCUUCUCGAGGAUACUUUGGAAACUAGAUAUGACCAUGAUGGCAAAGCAUCAGGACAAAUCAUCAGCGAUGCCAAUGAUUCGAGCUUAUAUUCGGCAAUUCAUCAACUGAAAUCCUCCACCCAAGAUACUGACAUUAAUAUCUAUCCCAACUCCGACCAAGCAGAUUGGUUCGAUCCACAGAUUUAUAUCAGAAAUCUCCCUGAGCUGGAUGCAACAUCAACAUUGCCGCAUGCCAAUAUUCUAAAAGAAAAGCAAAAAAUUAAACAGAUAACGUUAGUUCUCGACUUGGAUGAAACACUUGUGCAUUCUACACUCGAAUUCUGUAGUAAUUCAGACUUCACAUUUCCCGUUUUCUUUAACAUGAAAGAGCAUAUUGUGUAUGUGAAACAAAGACCUCACCUCCGGAUGUUUUUGGAAAGAGUUGCUGAGAUGUUUGAGACGGUAGUGUUCACUGCUAGUCAAAGCAUCUAUGCAAAACAACUGUUAGACAUUCUGGAUCCAGACGGAAAGCUUAUUUCAAGACGAGCAUAUCGUGAAUCAUGCAUAUUUGCAGAAGGAAAUUACAUGAAAGACUUGACAGUUUUAGGUGUUGAUCUUGCAAAAGUUGCCAUUAUUGAUAAUUCUCCACAGGUUUUCAGGUUGCAGGUGAAUAAUGGUAUUCCUAUUAAGAGUUGGUUCGACGACCCAGCAGACACUGCACUUAUUUCACUACUUCCAUUCUUGGAGACUUUGGUUGAUGCUAAUGAUGUUCGGCCCAUAAUUGCUAGGAAAUUCGGUUAUAUGAAGAUACAUAGUGUUUUGGCUGCCAACAGGAACGGUAUUUGGUACGUAGUGUUAAAUUUCUUGUUCAUUGUUCUAAUAUUAGUGAGAUAG